UAUUUUCAGAAACUCAGAUUUUCAACCCUAGUUUUUUUGCCCUAAACUUACAAUACCAUGGCAAGUAUUACCCUCCUCUUUGAGUGAGUUUCGUUAGGGUUUCUCCGUCGUCUCAAGUUGUCCGAACCUAAAACCUAGACAUAUACGUACACCAAAGUAAACUGCUAAUAAUAUGGUUAACUUGUUCGCAUUAUUGGAAGGGGACGAGGAUGCUUCCGCCCUCGUCGAGGCGGCCAAGUCUGCCGUAAAGGCGGCUGUGGUGGUAAAGAAUGAGAAACCAGCGCAAAAGGUGGUGGAGAAGAAUGAGGGAACUGUUUCGAAUAGUCGUGUGGAUAUGAGAGCGAAACGCCUUGUUGUUCCUGCCGAUGUUGUGAGAUCACAACAUGUUGGCAAUUCAGGCCAAAAUAACAGUAAUGUGCAUUACAGUAACAAUGGUUACAGAGGUAAUAGCAGCAAUAAUGGAAGCUAUAGCAAUUCCAAUGGUGACAGAGGUAACCGCAGCAAUAAUGGAAGCUAUAACAAUUCCAAUGGCUAUCAGCGUAAUGUUAGAGGUGCGAACGAUGGUCAAGGGCGCGAAAGCAACGGAAAACCUACUGCUGGGGCUAAUGGUAGAUACUAUAGGCACAACAAUAACAGGGGUUAUAAUGGAGGUGUUAAUGGUCAUCAGGGUGGUUCUGGAGAUCCUUAUAGGAAUAGAAGUAAUGUAGUGAAUAGUGUAAAUAAUGGAGGUAAAAUUGUUGAUCAGAUGGUCAAUAAAGGGGCUAAUCUUGAUGAUGUUGAUAAUGAGGGUUGGCAGAUAAAGGUAGGCCGUCGUCAACGAAAGGGUUUCAAUGGCUAUGCCAAUGGGAUUCGGGCAAUUAGAACGGAUAAUGAACCUCAGAACGGGGACCAUCUGCAGGAGGCAGAGCACGGAGACGGUGCUGAAUUGAACAAUGGAAGCAUUGAGGAGAAAGAUGGUGAAGAUGAGAUGUCUAAUGCUGCUGCUGCUGCUGAUGGAAAGGACCUUGAGAAUGUUGUUGAUGGUGAAAAGAAUGGUAGUUUGGUGGAAAAUAAGGAACCUUGUGCUGAUGCAGUAGAGGCAACAAAUGAUGGUACUAACAAUGAGAGCAAUCAGACUGUUGAAGGAGAAACAGAUUCUAAAGGCUCCAAGAAGAAGUCUAGCAAUAAAAAGCAAGCUGAACCUUCAAAGAAUGACAAGAAACAAGAAAAAGAUGAUGACAGAAAUAAGAUGACACUUGGAGAGUAUGAAAAAUUGCAAUUGGAAAAGAGAAAGGCCCUGGAUUCGCUUAAAAGGAGUGAACAAAGAAGGGUGUGUCUCGAUAAAGAUUUCGAGUCUAUGCAGCUUGUCGAAAAGAAAACUGAAGAUGCAGCUUCAAUCAAACAGAAUUCUGAGAAGGAUACGAGCAAGAAGAAAGAAAACAAGGCUGAGAAAAGUCGCGAGGCAUUGAGCAUUAUUGAAUUCCUUAAACCGGCUUAUGCUCGUAGUCAUGAUCAAUGGCGCGACAGGCGGCCUUUUGGUGAUCAUAAAGACAAAAACGAGGGGCGUUCUGCUGAGACACAUCCUGCCGAGAGUGUAGGCAAUGGCGAGAGGCCUUUUGUUGGGGGUCGAGGCAGAGGUGGAAGGCGUUUUGGCGGGCGUGGAGGCAGGGGUGAGAGGCCUUAUAAUAGUCGAGGAGGCAAUGCUGAUAGACCUAACGGUGGCCCCAACAAUGAUGGCGAGACCAAACCGCAACUUGAGAAAGAAAAGGCCGAGGGAAUUGAGUUAAAGAAGCCAGCUAGUAGUGCGGAAGAACAAAGGGAUAAUGGACUGAAGUCUGCCCCAGCCCCUGCCCCCCGUUCUGGCCCCCCUGCCGCUCAUGCACCAAACUUUGAAGAUUAUAAGCUAUUUCCUAUCCUUGAGAAAAAGUAAAAGCGGAAGUUUAUUUUAAAAUUGUAAAGUAGCCUUCAUAGAAGGCAAGUGUGAAAGCACGAUUUUGCCGUCUGAUUGUCUUGUUGAGGUGUUCUUGACUCAAAAUUAUCAAGGAAUUAUUAAUUUAAAUAAUAUGUUUGUUUUGAUUUGUAGUA